AGAGUGAGGCCAGAGAGCAUCAAACAAUAGGUGUGGUGUCAUGGGAGGCUGAGUGUGUGGCACAGAGCCCAGUGUUUAUGUGAGAGCAUCAACAACAGAGGAGAUGGUGUGACUGGAUCCUGUUGUUAUCAUUCAGCAGGACGGGACCUCUGCUUGGAUCAGGUAGGGAACACAAAACGCAGCACAGUUUGAAGGACAUUUUCAGUUAGGUGGCUUUAGCUGAGCGACUUCUGGACAACGUGCAUGUAGUUAAAGUUUGAAUGGAGCUGCUGGAUCACUAAGCUAAAUGGGAUAUUAAAUGAUUAGCUCAUGAGCGUCCAACAACGAGAGAUGACAUGGAGACAGGACAGCGGGGUGUGACGGGGAGACAUGUGCAGACUACCACUGCCCUGUCUGAACCAGGACUGUGAAAGAGACAUGGAGCUCCGUCAAGGGAGUCCAUCCCGAACUCUCUCCACCAUGUCGCUCUCCGUUCGCCCAGCCAGACGCCUCACCUCCAGAUCCAUCACUAGGAGUCAGAGCUUCACUGGAGUCAACACCCACGACAAGCCCUACAGGAACCUCUCAGUGUUCAGCACUCCAGGUCUCAGCAGGAAGCCCAGCAGAGCCAGCAGGAUGUUUACCAUGUCCACCAAGUCCAACACCCCACCUAAGGUCCCUCAGCCUGAGCGACUGGACCAGGUCUAUGAGGCGUUGAAGAAAGGCCUUCAGUCCUACCUGCAGGUUCAUCAGAUGGACUGGGACAAUCUCAGCAGACAGAUGAAAGAAUCAAAGAGGAACUCCAGACUGGGUUUCCUGUAUGAGCUGGACAAGCAAGUGAAGGUGACUGAGAGAUACAUAAGACGACUGGAGUUUCACCUCAGCAAGAUUGACGAGCUAUAUGAAGCCUACUGCCUGCAGAGGAGACUCCGAGACGGAGCCAACAAGAUGGUGAAGGCAUACACUGGCUCCCAAGGCAGCAAGGAGGCCAGGGAGAGUUUAGCAGAAGCCAAUAAAGGAUACAAAGAGUACACAGAGAACAUGUGUGUGUUGGAGAGCGAGUUGGAGAACCAGCUGGGGGAGUUCCACAUUAAGAUGAAAGGUCUGGCUGGAUUUGCUAGAUUGUGUGCUGGGGACCAGUAUGAGAUCUUUAUGAAGUACGGUCGGCAGCGGUGGAAGCUGCGUGGCAGAAUAGAGAUCAACGGCAAACAGGUGUGGGACAGUGAGGAGAUGGUGUUUGUGCCGCUCGUCAGUGAGUUCCUCUCUGUGAAGGUGACAGAGCUGAAGAGCUUAGCCAAUCACGUGGUUGUAGGAAGUGUUUCCUGCGAGACUAAGGACCUGUUUGCUGCACUCCCCCAGACGGUUGCCGUGGAUAUUAAUGACCUCGGGACUAUUAAGCUGAGCCUGGAAGUCACCUGGAAUCCAUUUGAUAAAGAUGACCAGGGCUCAGUGGCAAGCAGCGUCAACAAAGCUCCGACCGUCAGUAAGAGACUCUCCACCAUCUUCAACCAGAGCCCGCCCGACACGCCGUCUUUACGUGAACAAGCCUUCUAUUCUCUGCCUCGGAGUGUGACCAGGCGGCAGCACUGGCCGCUGCUGGACAUCUUCAGAGACACACUUAGCCAGAGCUGUCCCUGUAGUGACCACUCACCGACGGGACAGCCCACCGCAAACAUGCUCCGGCGCCAUGAAGAGUUAGAGAAUGGAACGGCGUGGUCCAAUUCAUCGGAAUCGUCUGAUGACUCCUCCAGUCCUCGGCUUUCUGUCGGAGGGCUACGCAACUCUACACAUCCAAAGGCAGUGGUGGUGACACCAGACAUCCAGCCGGCUGUAAGCGGAAGUUCCUCCCCACAGCCCAACAUCUCAUUUUGCCUCAGAGACUCGUCGUCCUUAACGCCAAACCCCCCCUACAGAGUCAGCGCUGUCAGUGAGGCUCCCAACGCGUCCACACACCAAGCACAGAGCAACAGGGAAGUGGAGAAGGGGACAGUCAGUGUUAAGACCAAAGCUGACAGCGAGGAAGCGGACGCAGCAGUGCCUGCGGUGGUGACCAACAGCCAUGCCUCACGCAGCUACUCGCGCUCUCUGAGCCACAUCAGCGAAGGCAGUGCUGACGGCGUCGUGCUGAUGGACAGGUCCGCCGAGUCCGGAGAGGUGAUGUCUCUGGCCUCUGGGCUCUCCAUCACCGACAUUGAAAUGGAGAUGCUCAGCAGAACUCCUGAUUUGCCCGGCUCCGCGGACACGGACCCGUUGCCAACCAGGCUCGGCUUCAUAGAGGAAAACACAACAGGGGACGAUGUCACAGAUCAACAUCAACACAAGAAGCAGCGGGACACAUCCAGCGCUGUCCAAACGUCCUCAUCCCCCGGGACCGAAGCAUUAGACCCUAACACUCCAGCACAAAUGAACACACACACACAGCGAGAGUGCAUCACACUCCCAGAGAGCGGGGAUGAGACGUAUGUAGCCCGGCGGGUGUCGGUGGAGGAGGAGGACAUGCCAGAUCGUGUGUCCGGAGAGGGAAGUGUUCUGGUGGACAGCGGGCUAGAAGACGCCCUGGCGGCGGUUGUUUCCUCUCUGGAUGAUUACAGAGGACAGUUCCCCGAGUUACAACUACUGGAACAAGAGCUGAAGCUGCUGCAAGUCACACUCAAGGGCGGCAGACACAGCCGUUCACCCAGCGUGGCCAGCCUUACUGUGGAAACGGCGCUGGGCAGCUUUGACUUCCUCAACACGUCGGACUGGGAGGAGGAAGAGGAGGAGAAGGGCAACCAGAAGAGUAGAAACGUCAGGUCUCUGCGGGACAGAGGCUGGGAUAGCCCCUCCACCCCCCUCACCACAGGCUGUAGCACUUUAGACUGCUCCCUGGUGGUCCACCUGAAGAACUGCAGCACGCAGCUGUUGUGUCUGGGUAUGUUUGGUCCGCUGCGGUGCGGAGAGAUGUACGCCUUGGACCGACUGCUGAGAGAGGCUCGGGUCCUCGAGAUCAUCCGACGCAUCGCCAAGGACAACCCAAGACGCUUCAGACAGCCUGCUGAAGUGAUACCGCAGCUGGGCCUGUGCUCGGGGGCUGUGUCACUAUGGCAACAUUGCAUGGGGCAGGGCAGUGUGUACAGCGUCUCUGCCAACAGCUUCCUCGUUACACUGUCUACACUCUACCCCAGAACCCUUCCUGAGAGUGCCAGCAACAUGGCCGACACAGUGUUCCAGUGUCUGGUUGAGCGAGUGCUGGAUCAGAAGUUACCACGGCGCGACAGAGACGGAGUGAUGGUGACGCUGUUCCAGCUGUGGAGCUACCUGGAGGCCAACAGCAUCAUUGACAUGGAAACACACGUCACUGAGCUGGCAGAAGAAGUGUGUUUGGUGCAGAGGCUGGCGUCAUGUGAGCAGGAUGUGAUCGUCCACGCUCUGCGGCGUCCUGCAGAGUGCAGCCUGAGGAGAGAAGGACUUCACGCUGUGGCCAAACUACUAAAGGACCCGCGGGCCAAAGUGUCGGCCUCUGCCAGCUCUGUGCUGAGGAGCCUGGCGGCCCAGCCCCGGCAGAGAGAGCCGGCUUUGGUCAACUGUUUGGAGCUACUGGAAGAUGAGAAUGUGGACACCAGAGUCUGUGGAUGCAAGGCCUUAGCUUGUCUCAAGGCCAAAGAAAGUAUUGACCAGUUAGUGUAUCUGUGUCGGACAGACAAGGACGAAGUCCGAGAUGCUGCCAAACAAGCGCUGCUGGUGCUCGGAGAGGAGGGGAAGAUGGCGCACAGGCACGUGGAGACAUCUCAGGACAGCAUACCGAGACUCUUCGCUCCAGGAAGCAUGGCCAGCACAGCUUUCUAACACGCACACGCACACACACACGCACACACACACGGCGUAGGAACAAAACCAGAACAACACAAUAUGAAUGUGAGAAUAUACAGCAGGUUGUUUCUUCUAUUGCCACUAAAACAUACAAAGACAAAUAUAGUGCUUGGUAUACAGUAUACACUGUCAGAGAGGUUGCAAUAAUGCUCACAUUAAAGGGUAAUUUAGUUUUUUUUCAACCUGGACCUUAUUUUCCUAGUGUGUACCUAACUGACUGACGGGAACAACAAUCUUUGAAACUGGUCCAGUAUUAAGUGUGAAUUAUACUCAAAUGCUUAGAUUAUUAUUUUAAGUGUCUGACAAUAUUAUGGAAAGGAUCUCUACAGAGAUAGACCUUUAAAACCUCUUAAAGACCUUUCGGUUUAACCUGAAACAGCUCUGAGGUCGCUAGCGCUAAACCCACCAGACUCCAUUUAAAAAAAACAAUACUUUUAGCGUGAAUAGAGCCAACAUAUUUUCAAAUGUAAAUUGGUAAACUAUGUGAUUAUUUCACCCAAAACUAGAGUUGUGAUGGUUGGAAAAGCGGAAAAACGGCUUUUCAUCGAUUUAUUUUGUUUCUGUCGACUUUGAAUGAAUUGUAUUUUACAAUGCUAAAAUCACUGUUUAUUUACAUGGAGUCUGGUCGAUUUAGCGAACGCAAUUUCGCAGAUGUUUUUUUGUUUAAAAAAAAAAAAAAGAUCUUACUCUUUAACAGAAAGGUCGGCCUCCUUAGAAAUCCUUUCCAUAAUGUUGUCAAACCCUGAGUCUGUCAGUGGCAAAAACGAACACUAUUGUGAAGAUAAAUACAAGCUAAUACAGUUGCCCUAUUAACUUCCACUGUAGCUUGUUUCACCGCUGCUGACUGCAGCAAUCUCGCUUUAUACUGGACCGAUGUUACAGAUUGUUGUUCACAUCAGUCACUUAGACACAAAAACAUAUAUAGGGUACAGGUUGAAAAAAAAGAAGUAAUUAACCUUUAAGGAAAGAAACUCUACUUAACACUGGGCAAACAUUUCCAGUCAGUAAGCUACAAACACACCAGUGUAUGUUUCCUCAUCCUGUGCUUACUACUCAGUCGGACUGUAAAGAUGCCGGGCAGAAUGUACAAUGUCAGCAGGCUUGAAUGGAUGGAUGGAUGGAUAAAAGGAGGAGUAGAAGUAGGAAAUGGACACUGAGGCAAGAAGAGGCAAGCAAGACUUGAAGGAACAUGUUGGCCCUGAGUCAUAUUGAAGUCUAAUAACUGGACAAGCUCCUUGCCAUCGCAGUCGCUCCUCCACGGCCCAGACGCAAGUCCGUUGCUUUGAAGUAAUUUAGCAAACGUCUAGAAAGCUAUUUAAUGUCACUUUGUUAGAUAAUUCAUAUGUUCAUAUCCCACAAAGUGCCCAAAAUGUUGAGUAUCUUGUGUUUUUGAUAUGUUUUAUUACUUUGACUCUCUGUGGUUUGGACUGGUUACAUGGUGAACCAGUAGGCAUACAUAGAGUAAAUAGCCAAUUCCACAGUAUAAUGCUUUCCCUACCAUUACAUCAAACUUCUUUUCUUGAUACUGCUGUCUCUAGUUUAGACUAAUCAGUCCUCCAGAUGGACACAUGCCUGUAAACUACACAUUUUCUCAUACAAUUCUGCCUUUACUAUAGCCAUUGGCUCUAUUCAUGCGAGUCCAGAUGACUGUGGUUUCCUGCACCAAGGUGGUAGUCAAGAUAAGUUGAGACUAGUAUGAGCCCAAGUGGUUUUGUAGCUGAGUCAAGGCCGAGUCCCAGUUAAACCAAAGACGGAGACAAAAACUGAACCCGUGCCCAUUCAAUAUCUUUCGUACUGUUGUUUAGGGAUAACGUUGCACACUUUCAGACUCUCAAAGGCAUUCAUGGUGUUACACUUGUUUGUUAACACAAAAAGUGACAGUUGUGUGAAGAAUGAAAAAGGAGAGCUCGACAGAAACGUCCAAACACACCUGGCCAAUCACUGCGCGGGGCGGGCGGGAUUAACAGGUUGUCAGUUUGGAAGCAAAGAGCUAAAGGAAGAGAUAAACUUCAUGCAUGUGGCAUGACAGUAGGCAUAAAUUCUUAAAUUAAGAGGUUGACAUUAAGUACGUUUACAUGCACACUAAAAUAUUCCACUAUUAUUCCAAAUAUGAAAAUAUUCUGGAUAGAACAGGUCAUGGAAACCGUAUAUUCUGUUUGGAUAUUCCCAAUGAGUCCUUUUAUGGGAUACGCAGGUAUUUUUCAGAAUUUAGAAGCAUUCAUUGGACAUCUAUACAACACAUAUCAAAUCUUGUCUCACUCAGGGUGUUUUUUAGGUGUGCGACAGUUUACGGCCUCCUGCCUGUUUACGGCUCAUGGCUGUUCACAGCUCUGUGCGUUGCUAUGGUCGUUGAACCCACACCAAGCAGCCAACAGUCUGCAGGGCUGCGGUAGAGAUGCAUGGCCAAAAGAAAAAGCCAACAUAUCUGGUCAGUAGGAGAAACACAGUUUCUUAAAAACAUUAUGAAAGACUUGGGUAGCAACGUUUUUUGGGAUAUGCAAAAACAUGGCAACGACUGUGUUUUCAGGAAGGGAUGAAAGAGGGAGGCUGUGUUUGCAUGGUUUGAAAAUCCUGUUUCGCACAGCUGCAUGUAAAUGGGAAUAUUAGUGCAAUGUUCACUUUCAUUAGCCACGUAAACAGCUUAAUCGGAAUAUUGCCUUUGCAGCAUAAAUGCAAAAACCGGAAUAUUAUGUGCAUGUAAACGUAGUCGUGGAGUCUUGUACGUCACAGGACUGAGCCACACCCUGGGAAGCAACCGCAUUAAUGAGAUUUUUAUUGGAUUGUAUUCGUUGAUGUGAAGGGGAAAGACAUGCUCUACAUGUUCUUUUACAUUCUUCCUGGAUCUGUUAUUGGAGCUGUGGUCCUUGUAGCCAAUUGAAUUAUAAAGCCACGUAUGAUGUGUGAGCAGGCUUCACCGUGUCAUCAGGAUGCCGUGUUGUGGCUGAAGCAGGGACGAAUACUGGAGGUUCGUCAGUCCAAACGGAACUGCAUCACUGCUACUGCUGGCUUAUCAACUGUGAAACGUCUUCCAAUUCAAUAGAUAAACAUGAAAGCUUUUCAAUCUCUGUCUCACAGGCCUUUAUGUUUAAUUCUGUCAAUGUUUAGGCAACGCUUAGCUCACACUGUAGUUCUGUAUGAAAGGUUGACUGUAGAAAACGUGUCAAGCUGCUUCUGCAUAGAGAAUGGUUUAAGCAAUUCAGUGCCAUUACUCUUUACAAUAUAUUCUUUAUGGAAAUGCAUAUGACUUAAUGCCACUGGAAUUCAGUAUUCUGUGAUUGUAAAUUGUUUAUAUCUUAGAUUCUUCUUUUGUAAAUGUAUACUUUGUUUUAUAAGAUUGCAUUUAUUUUUACUGUUUUAAUGACAGUUUAUUUUCAUUCAAAUCAUUCAACCAAUCAGUUUGAUGAGUUGAUUAAUUAAAUGACUUUCUGUGGCACUUA